AUGUCCGCCCUUUCAGAUCAUAUAGAUCGUCUGGCUCAAAGCACUCGCUCUAUCAAAUCCAUCUCUGCCUCCUGCAGAAGCUCUGCCACGGGCCUUUUCACUCGUGCCAUUCUUUCUGCUGAACUCGGCGAUCUCAUACGCGACGUAGACUCUUCAGAAUUAGGCCUGUUUACCAUCACAACACCUUCCACCGUCGUCGCUCACGAUAAGGAGACACGUAAUCAGUCUGGAGUCGAAAUCACCCGUGUCGAAUUUCAUGGAGCUACUCCUUUGCGGAGACCGACAGGCAGAAGAGAUGAGUUGAAGUCCAAAGAAAUACCACCAGAUGUUUACGCAGAAGCUGCUUUGAAAUAUAUGGAACGAUAUCAACAUGUUCGGCCGAUGCCUCGAGCUCAUCAACAAGUCACUGAGAUUCUUGAACGACUAGAGCAAUGCAAUGAAAGGAUAAGGUCAAUGAAUGAACAGCUCCAACAAACCCAAACGACAGAAGCACCAUCACUGAAGUCUGCCGCUGAUAAAGAACAGGGUCUGAUAGAUGAAUUUCAGUCACGGAUUGUAGCCCUGCGUAUACAUAAAGAAACUCUAUUGAAUCAAAAAGCACGCAUCAAGAGUCGUCCUGAAGUUUCGAUACCAAAUCCUGGGUCUUCAAAACCUCCUCCCCCAUCCAUGGAUCCUGUGGAGGAAAAGUUUUGGAGUACUCCUGGCGCGUCUGAUAAGCCCCUUCAAUUCAUCGACAACAGCUCACUUCUGGACGAAGAAGCAGAGUUUGGCAAUCUAUCUAUGGGAUCAUCUAUUUCAAGUCCUUUACCUUCCCGUCGGGUUCCUAAAACUCGUAUGCCAUCAUUCUCUCCGGAUGCAUUGAGUCCAGACGUGCCCAAGACCCCCCCAGAAAUUGAGAGCAAACAAGAAGAAAGUGAGGCAGUGAAAGAAACGCCAUCCAGUCCAUUUUCAGAGAUUGUGUCGGACGAGCCUGACACGUUCGUACCGGAUCCAGAAUCCUCCAAAGUCUUGGACACGCCGCAUAGAGAAAAGAAGAUUCGAAUCAACAUGGAUAUUGAACGAGCAGUGGCGAAGAUAUGGAGUACAGUUGGUGAACUGAUCAUGCCCGGAAACACGUUCAACAGAACAAAAAAUUUGCCUCCUGUAGCGAACGCGACGAUCUCACAUUUGCAGACGUUAUCCAAUAUGACUCCGACAGUAGCUUCUCCAACCCAUUCGGUAUCAACUGUGUCAAAUAGCAGCAACACACCGCCCACCGCACAGCAGAUACUUACCGCACAUCUUUUAAUUGCCUUGCUUUCAUCCGAAACGCUAUCUUUGCCCUUGAACAAGGUCAAGGAACUGCUUGCUGCCAAAGCGAGCACCAGUGGCAGCGCAGCGAUGGUUUCUGGACAUCCCAAGGCGUUGUAUGGUUGUGUAGCCAAGCGGUUGUUGAAAAUUGAGCGAGGUGCAGCUGGGCAGGUGGUCAGGUUCGACAUUUAA